ACAUCUAGCUUGGAACUUCAGUUCCCAUAAGUCAUAGCGAAACCUCUGCGUCACAUGACUCUUCACCAACGUCCCAAAUCAACAUGGCUGCUGACUUAAGCAGCGAAGAUUUCACAAACUUGCAGCUUCUUUUAAAGGCUCCAUCUAAAGAUGCAGUGAGAGAUGUUUGCGUUCAGAGCCACAGAGGUGUGAGCAGGAUGCUGACAGAGAAUACAGCAGCUACAUUCAGCAUCCCUGCAGGACAGGCUGCUCAGCUAAACCAGUCCCUCCACACGCUGUCUCACCACAUCCUCUUCUACAACCUGACGUCCCCGGAGCAGAUCCUCGCAGUCUUUCCAGAGUCGUUCCACUCCAGCCUGAAGAACCUGAUCACUAAGAUCCUGCUGGAGAACAGGUCAGCAGUCUCCCUCCCUCAGCUAAAGGAGCUGGACUGGAGAGUCGACUUGGUGACUGGUUCUGACUCAGUGAGUCGGAUGGCGGUGCCAACCUGCUUGGUUCAGCUGAAGAUGGAGGAUCCGUGUCCGACAGCAGGUGGGGAUUCUGUCUCCACGGUUACAGUGGAGCUGGGCAGGGAAUCGCUGGACACCAUACUGGACGGACUGGGACGCAUCAGAGACCAGCUGUCUGUGGUGGCUGGGAAGUAAGGCGGUUCUCUACAGCUUUGUCCUCUGGUGCCUGUUUGGACUAAAAGUUUUCAGCUGUAGGUGGUUUACACCAAAAAAUGAGGAUGAUGUUGUUUUUCUCCACAUGGGUCCAGUAGGCUGAUUGUUCUGAUUAUUUUUAUUAUUAUUAAUGAAUGAGAGCAAAAACCUUCUGCUCUUAUUUAUCUGUAGAUUGUUGUCAGACCACGAUUUCUUAAAAUCACAGUUUCAUUUACUGUAUUUUUGUCUUUUAUUCCACUCUAACAUAAUUUGUUUGCAAAAGUAAUUUGUUUCUGUUUGUACUGAUAUGAAAAUAAACUAAUA